AUGAUUAACCGAACGCACAUCGAUCAUAUGAUUCUCGACAAUGAGGGUCCGGAGUAUCAGCUGAUUCCGAUGAUAGCAAUCGAUAAUGUGUUUGCCGACGAGAAUAUUGCUAUCUGCCAUAUGAAUGUUGAGUUCCAUGCUCCUGGACCAAAAUCGCGAUACGAGGAGUUCGUGGAGGUCAUGCAGGGAGUGCUGCGUGUUGGACGCUUUGCCCCCAUACACAACGAGAAAUCGCACAACGUUUUCCCUCAUUCCGAAACCGUACUGCGUGGCAAAUAUCCUGGAGCAAUCUUACUAUAUCUAUCCAUGGACAUCGGAUGCAACCACCCGAUGCCUUGA